CUACUGUCUCCAUGCUACCGCUCGGUUGCUCAUGCCGGCUGGUGGCCGAGCUGUGGGACGCCCUGGACACCUGUGCCGAGCGGCAACGGCAGCUGGAGCAGAGCCUGCGGGUCUCCCGGAGGCUGCUGCGGGCCUGGGAACCAGCUGAGACCCCGACUCCGGAGCCAACCCCAGGUCCAGAAACGAAUGAAGAGGCCCCGUCUCCAGCAUGCACACCCAGCCCCCAAGACCUCAAGGAGCUGGAGCUUCUAACCCAGGCACUGCAGAAGGCUGUACACGUGCGAAAAGGCGUAUCUAAGGCUGGAGAAAGAGACAAGGCCUCCAGCCUGAAGUCUGGGUCCAUUGCCACUUCGGCUACCACAGCCGCUGCCCCACACCGGGCUUCUCAAACAAAACUCCCCAAGGGCACCUGCCAGGCCACCAGGCCUGCCAAGGGCCUCCCAAAGCCUAGGCUUCUGUCCGCGGGGGAUCAGACCUGUGCAGGGAGAGGGCCCCUAGCUGCCAAGCCUGGACCUGGCCUCGGGGACCCACAGAUAGCUCCAUCGGCUGCUCCUCAGGCCCCAGAAGCUUUCACACUCAAGGAGAAGGGGACGCUGCUGCAGCUGCCCAUGGCCUUCAGGAAGGCGGCUUCUCAGAACUCCUGCCUGUGGGCCCAGCUCAGCUCUACACAGACCAGCGACUCCAUGGAUGCCACUACAUCCUCUAAAACCCAGUUCCUCCAGAAAAUGCAGGUGACUUCAGGCUGGCCUAGCUCCAGGCUCAGUGCUGCAGAGGUGGAGGCAGAGGUAGGGCGCCUGCAGAAGGCUUGCUCGCUGCUAAAACUGAGAAUGGAGGAAGAGCUCACAAGAGACCCCACGGACUGGAUGCAGGAGUACCGUGGCCUGCUCACCUUGGAGGGGCUACAGGCCAUUGUGGGGCAGUGCCUCCACAGGCUGCGGGAACUGCAGGCAGAGGAGAGUGGCAAAGAGAUGCCUGGCUGUCACCCCAGGAGGCCACAUCCCCCCGUCCUCACAGAAGUGGUGGAACAGCAGCUGGGGCCAUGGCCUGAGGAGAGGCCCCCCCAUGGCCUCAUUACCUUGUGA